CUUUAUAAAAGAUUUGGGUAGAGGUGUUGCUGUUUUAGUCAGGACUGUGAGGGCUAACGAACACAGAGAAAAGCCCUUUCUAGAGCCCAUGAUGGGUUAUAGGAAGCUGUGUCUGUUACUGCUGCUGAGCAGCUACACGUUGGCUCAGGAAGGCGAUGACUUUAAUGAACAAACUUCAACAUGUCUGUUGGCAUCCAGAUUCAAGGCCUCUAAGAAAUAUGUGUACCAGUACACCACAGAGAGCAGAAAUGGUGUGGUGGGCACAGCCAAUCUGAGGAACGGCCCCAAAGCGUCUUGUCAGGUUGAGAUCGAAGUCUCCCAAAUGUGCAGAUUCAUCAUGCACACCAGGGACUGUGCUCUCAGUGAGGUGUCUGUCAUGGAUCCCCAGGGCCAGCCGGUCUACAGGCAGGCUCCUGGCUCUGAGGCCUUCCGGGCUGCCAUGGAAAAGAACCCUCUGAAGUUCACUGUAGAGGACAUCACCAGUGUCCAGCUUUACCCUGAGACAGAUGAGCCAGUCAACAUCCUCAACAUUAAGAGAGGAAUUGUUUCAGCUCUCGUGGUGCCAGUCAUAGAGGAGGAGCAGAACAUCGUCAUGAGCACAGUGCAUGGCCAGUGUUUAACCACCAACCUGGUGAACAGCGGGAAGGAUAUCGCCACAGAUGUGACACUGUCCAGAGAUCUGUCCCAGUGUGACCAGUUCUACAGCAGGGAGCUAGCCAACAGUCCCCUGGCCCUGCUGCAAAAACUGCAUUACCCCAUGUCGAAGCUAAUCACAAGCACUCAAGACUGCAACUACCAGUUUGAUAACAAGGGAAAGCACAUCACAACAGCCAUGUGCACAGAGAAACACAUCUACCUGCCCUUCUCCCAUGAGGACAAUGGCAUGUCGUCUGUGGUGACCCAGGAGCUCAGCUUUCAAAGCUCCAAAAGGAUCAUCAACAGAGGAUUUGAUGUGAACCCUAGCCAGAGCAAGCCUCUCCACUUUGAGGACCCUGACGAUAAAGCUCCAGUCCAGACGAAGGACACUGCUCUGACCACCCUGCGGGACCUUAUGGCUUUGGCAGGCACAGACCAGGGUCAGAAAAGGACCAGUCUUUUCCAUAAGCUGGUGUCCAGCCUGCGUGUCCUGAGAAAUGAGACCCUGAGCCAGACAGUCACUGAAAUGGUGGAUAUGUCAGGCUGGCUCACCUGGCAGGCCCUGGUCCAGUGUGGUACUCCGGAGUGCACCAGCGCCAUCCUCCAGAUUAUCAGGACUAUCGAUGGGGUGUCGCUAGAGGUGGACGCUCUGGUCUACGGUCUGGGUCUACAGGCUAACCCUGACGCAGCACGUGUCAGAGAUAUGCUCAGCAUGGCUCAGUAUAAACAGAGCAGGGCAAUCAUGUAUGCUCUGGCCAACACAGUCAAGAAGUUCCAUAAAGGAGACGUUACUCCAGUGGUCACAGAUGUAUCGAAGUUCAUGGAGACACUCUUAAACGACUGCUCAGGAGAAAUCCUUGAUUAUGACACUGACUUUCCACCUGACCCCGAAGAGAUGUCCUUCCUUGUACUGAGGGUUGUUGGUGUGAUGGGUAAAGCCAUGCAAGCUGUCAGCCCCAGCUUGAUUUCCUCUAUUUUGACAUGUGCUAAGAAAAGAGACAUCCCACUGUCUAACCAAAAGGCAGCUAUACAGGCCUUUAGGUUAAUGGACAUUAAUGAUGAGGUCAGAGACGUUCUCAUGGAAGUGUACAAGGACGCUCAGAGCUCCGUUGAGAAACGUAUAGCAGCUUAUCUGAUUUUGAUGAAGAACCCACAUCAAACCCUGGUUAAAGACAUUGUGGACAGUUUGGAGAAUGUGAGAGAUGAGCAGCUCAAGAGCUUUGUGGUUUCUCACCUGCACAACAUCCGCAAGUCUGAUGAACCGCAAAUGAAUCAACUCAGGGAAUAUAUUGAAUUGGCCUUGAAAGAUCAACCUACAAACAAGGUAUUUGAUGGCAUGUCAGGCAAUUAUAAAAUAGACUCUGCCUUGGGCUCAGUACAGAGCAACAUCAUCUUCGAUGGAAGGGACACCUUACCUAAGGAGGUGAUGUUGGAGACCACACUAAAAGUUUUUGACUACAACUAUGACAUCUUUGAGGUCAGUGUUGAAGGAACUGGAUUUGAGCCUACAAUCGAAGCUCUUUUUGGGGAGAAGGGUUUUUUCCCUGACUCCAUCUCCAAAGUCAUGUACUGGGCAGGGGACAAAGCUCAGAUGCUCAUGGGAGUUUUGGACAGAAUCGCCCCUGACAGAGACAGAAUGAAAAGACAGGUCCCACAGGAUUUUCUGAAAGAUAUCAUGAACAGUGUCGAGAAGCUCAUGGAUGACCUGCGUUUUUCUCAAGCCCCUGAGGCCAUUACCUAUCUUCGGCUUCUGGGAAAUGAGAUAGGAUACCUGAAGACCAGCGAUAUGAGAAAUAUGGCUGGGACUCUGUCCAUGUACUACUAUGUUUUCACCCAGAUGCUACCAUUUAAGGCCUUUUUUAAAAUGAUAUCUAGCACUGAAAACGAAGUCUUCGCCCACUACAUUUUCAUGGAGAAUGCCUUCUCCCUACCCACUGCCUCAGGCUUCCCUCUGAGGUUUUCACUGGCCGGGGUGUUUGCACCUGGUGUCAAAGGAGGCCUGACUCACUCAGGUCCUAACAAAAUGACUGACCUGUUGUUCAUGCCAUCAGUUGGGCUGGAAUUCAUUACUCAGAUGGGUGUACAUAUUCCAGACUAUGUGGAUGCUGGUCUUGAAAUGCACACAAAUAUGUACCAUGAGAGUUCCCUCAAUGCUAAGUUCACCAUGAACAGAAACCAGAUGAAACUGUCCAUACCAGCUCCAAAGUCAAGAACUCAGUUGCUCAGCAUUAGUAACAAGCUGCUGUCAGUCUCCGCUGGUCAAGCAAAAAUAGUUCCAUCACUGGUGGAGGACCGGACUGACUCAACUGACUGCCAGCCCCUAUUCAGUGGUCUGAAAUUCUGCACAAUAAUGCGUUACUCCAAUGCUACUUCCAUGGACCAGGCCCCAUAUUACCCUCUGACUGGAGAAACCAGGUUUGCAGUGGAAAUCCAGCCCACAGGGGAAAUUUCAGAGUACACUGCCACCAUCACUGAUGAAACGCUCAGAGAGGGUAAAAGGGGUCGUCAUAAAGUGGAUUUUCUGAAGCUAACCCUGAAGGCAGAAGGUGAUGAUUCAACAGAGGCCACUGCAUCUGUGAAAUACAACCGCAAUAAGAACAUUUUCACCACCGAGGUUGUCAUUCCUGACUAUGAUGUGGAAGCAGGCAUCAAGCUGGCUGUGACUGACAGUGAUCAUAAAGGAAAGAAGAUGCGAGGUAUCACCAUUGAUGUUACCAACAGGAACAUCCCACAGCUGACUCUUGUUGGACGCACAAGACUCAACAUGAUGAAGGAUGCCAUGCUACAACUCCAAAUGGUCAUUCCCUCUCUGAAAACUGAUGCAUCCGUCACUGCAACCCUGAGGAAGGAUGAAGAUGUGCUCAUGGACUUAGAGACUGCCAUCAACCUCCCCGAGACAUCCUACCAACAGAGAGCUUUGCUCAAAUAUGAUGAUGAUAAGUUUGAAGUGGAAUUGAAAUCAGACCUGAAUUCAGAGAUUCAGAAACUGAUACCAGAUAUGGGGGAUUAUCAUGGGCGGCUGCAACAGCUAAUUGAUGAUAUCCUGGACCAGAAAGUGGCAAAAACUGACAUGAAACUCCGUCACAUUGUCACCAAAGGAAUUGAGGCAGGUAAUAUAUGGCUGGACAAAUUAACAGCACACAUGCCCUAUCUUGCAAACCUGCGAAGUAAGAGGAGCAUCUCUGAUCUCACCUUGCCAGCUCUGCCUGAGAAACUGUUUCUACAGUCUGAUAGCUUGUUCCGAUACCAGUUCAACAAGGAAAAGAUGGCCAUCUCACUUCCUCUUCCACUUGGAGGCAAAAACUCAGAAGAACUGAACAUUCCGACCACUUUGUCUAUUCCUGUCAUAGAUUUACCAAGAAUAGGCCUAUAUGUCCCUGCCAAAAAGUAUCCACUACCAUCCAUCACUAUACCACCUUCUUUGGAUUUCACUAUACCCCUUCUCGGCCUGGCUGAAGUGUCCACCAAGAUCGACAGCAACUUCUACCAUUGGGAAGGGUCCAUCUCUGGGGGCAACAACACUGUCGAUGUCCCCAGCUACAUUGCACAGUACAAGGCCAUGGCUCAAUCACCUCUCGACCUCUUGUCAUACAAGCUUGAAGGAACUGGGAUGGUGACAGGAAGAGCUGAUGAUAAUCUCAAAUAUCUUCUGAAUAGUUCUUUCAGCCAUAGCCUCAUUGACACAAGCUUCAGUGUCUCAGAAACAUUAAGAGUUACAAACAAAUUCAAUGCAAAAGCCAACUACAAGAUUGAAGCCUCAAGUCCAAUAGGCCUGCAGGCCUCUAUCUUUUACUCUGCUCAGUCAACUUCCACUUUAGAUUCAGAUGAAGUCUCAGGAGAUGGCACCAUGGAUGGAUUGCUUAAUAUAGGUUCAUUCCACACCAAUACCUCUUACACCCACAGCUACAAUCUGCGUCCACUAGAUAGAGAGGGAAGAGGUGAGUCCACCCUGCACUUCAACUCGCCACUCAUCCAAGUUCACAACAUAAUCCACGGUGUCUACGCAAGCUCUGAGUUGAACAUUGUGUCCAAAACCAAUGUCCAGAAGGACCUCCUCAAGCAUGUAGCAGAGCUCAAGUUUAAAGAUGCACAACUGACCCUAAAAUGCAAUGCUAUUGCCGCACUCAUGGGUAAAGCACUCAAUAACAAAGUUGAACUUGGAGUGUCCAGCCAUAUGGCCAUCCUCCAAAUUGAGUCACAGGCAGAUGACAACACAAAUAGGGCAUACUCACUUAUAUCAGGAUCUCUGGAUUCAAAUGGGCUUGAGCUAAACUCUGAGGGUUCCAUUACUUUUGACACAGGUCGUGGACUGCACAAAGCUUCUGUUAUGGUUGGCAGAAAUGGACUGACAACAAGUGGAACUAACAGCAUUCAGUGCAGCCCGGUGACUAUGGAGAAUAUCUUCAACGGUGCCAUGGACAGUACUGGCGCAUCCCUGUCUUCCAGGACCAAAGCAAUGGCUGAGGAGAGCCGAGGAGAGCUGAACAUUGAGGGUAAAGUCACAGCUGUGGAAGCGUCUUUGAAUGGUGUCCUCAAGGGCUAUGCAUAUGAUGCAACCACAAGAAACAACAUGGAUAUUACACUGAACCGUAGGGCUCUGACCUUCACUAGCAAUACAAUGGGAACACUGAAGCAGAUGAAAACAGAAAAUAGCCACGCGCUGACCCUCACUCUGUGGACACUGGCCCUCCGCUCCAAGACUAAUAACUUCAUCUGUGAAGAUAUUUACUACAAGCAAGAUACCAGAAUUGAUAUGAAGCCAUUUAUUAUGUCAUUUGACAUGACAAAUGACCUCAAGUUUUAUGACGUCAGUUUGAACAAUGAAGGUCACAUGAAGCUUGAGCCAGUUAAGGUGGAUCUCAGUGGAAGUAUGAAUGUAGCUUAUGGAGUAGAACACAACAUCAAACAUACCUACGAACUCACCUAUGAUGAUCUGGCUGGUUCAAUGAAAUACAGCACAUCUGGAAAUGUAAUGAAUGUCCAGUUAAGUCACAUUUGUGAACUGGAAUUUGCUGGACUUUCCGCAAAGUCAAACUGUGAAGCACGGAUAAAUUCUGAGCCUCUACGUUUUGACAGCACCAUUCGCAUCAUGGCACUGCCUUUCAGCCUCAAUAUUGAUGCUCUUGUCAACAGUGAUGGAGAAAUUAAUCUACACGGCAAGCACACUGGACAGGUGUAUAGCAAGUUGUUGGUUAAAGCUGAGCCCUUAGCUCUUGCAUACUCACAUGACAGCCGGAUAUCAACCACACAUAUGCUUCCAAGUGGGGAGUCUUCCACUAAUAUACACAACAAAUUUGAUGGCCUUUUGGCACCAAGUGACCAAUAUCUGACCUGGAAAGUAAAAUCUAACCUGAACAACCAUGCUUAUAACCAAAACAUCAGCACUUACAAUAAUCCUGAGAAGAUUGGAUUUGAGUUUUCAGGAGGAAUAUUAACAGACAUUUUCAGCAAACUGAGCAAAGGCAAAAGAUCACUACCAGAAAUACAAGAAUUCAGUAUGGCUGGUUUCCUCAAGUAUGACAAGAACAGUGAUUGUCAUAUCAUUGAGAUCCCAUUCAUCGAGAGCCUUCCUGCUGCUUUUGAGAGACUCAAGAACACUCUUGUACAAGCCUUGGAAUCACUACAACAGUUCAUUAACAAUUUAGAUAUUAACCAGCUAAUCUCUGACUUUAGAGUCAAAUUAGAUCGGCUACCAAUGCAAAUAAGGGAUUUCAUGGAAAACAUGGACUUGCAGAACAAAAUGAAUCAAGUAAAAGCAAAACUUGAUUAUUUGAUUGGUGAGUUUUCUAUAACACUUGAUGACUUGGAGCGUGUGAUGAAUAACUUGAGCAAGAACUUGGAAAAUACAGUGAUGGAUAUUGCCAUCAAAAUUAGAGACUUCAUCCAUACAAUUGAAGACUACCUCAAGGCCGGACACCUUUCCAUGAAGAUAACCAAUGUACUUUCAAUGAUUGGAAAUCAGCUUCAGGCCUUUGAUGAGAAGUAUGAAAUCAAGCAGUCACUUGUCAAAGCACUUCAUGCCAUUGAGGACAUCAUCAGGCAGAUUGAUUUACAGAAGCUCACAGAAAGCAGUGCUGCGUGGCUGCGAGAGCUUGAUUCUAAAUAUAGAAUAUUGGAAAAAAUCAAAGACAGUCUAUCUGAAAUUAAACAGAUGAUUGAGAACUUCGAUGUCAAAAUGUUUUUCCAAGACGUAAAGGAUUACCUUGUCUCAACUGAUUUGGCCGCAUAUGUUGAGCAGCUUUCAUAUAAAAUACCCUCUUCAGAGAUAACAAGAGUGAUUGAAUCUAUGAAUGACGUUAUUGUCAACUGGAUCGAUGAAUAUGAAAUCCCCAACAAACUCAAUACUGUAUAUUUCUAUAUUAGGGAUCUACUUUUAAAAUACAACCUGGAUGAUAAACUCAAAGAAUUAAUGGAUCAAAUAGUAAUUCUCAUCAAGGAAUUCAAAAUUGAAGCGACUGUGCAGUCAGUGGUAAAUGCGCUGAAAUCUAUCAACUUUGAAGUUUUUUAUGACAAAAUGAUGCAACUUCUGCACAAUGUGACAAGCCAACUCAGAGUAAUUGACUUUAAGGAAAGCAUUGAUGACCUUAAUGAACAAAUUUCUUCAAUGGUGAAGUCAAUGAAGGAGUUUGACUACAACGCAUUUAUUGAUGAGACCAACAAGAAGAUUGCUGGACUAGUAAAUUAUAUAAAUGAGCAGAUUAAAACCUAUGAGAUCGUGCAAAAGAUUGAGGCUGUAAGGGAAUUUUGGAGAGAGAUCCAAAACUCCAUCUUUUCAUAUUUGGAUAAACUCAAAAACACAAAGGUGGCGGAUGCUCUAAAGAAACUGAAGAAUGUGAUAGACACUACCUUUUACAAUGACAUUAGGUUGAAAGCACAGGAUAUCCUUGAGGACAUGAGACAAAGAAUCCUUGACAUGGAUAUCAGAGAUGAAAUGUACAUUCACCUCAACAGAGCAAGUGAAUCCUACAGCAAUAUGGUUACCUACAUUUCUGUGCAAUUCAACCAACUGAUAGAGAAGAUUAGAGAGGUGGCCAAGAACAACAAGAUCAUCACCCAGAUCCAGGAAGUUGUAGAUGGAGUUCUGGUCACACUGAAAAGAGCAGAGAUUGAAGUUGGCACUUUUAAUGUACCUCUCACUGACCUUGUCAUUCCAGCAUUUGUAGUCAACCUGAACAAACUGCAGGAAAUCACCAUCCCAACUCAAAUUUCAGUCCCUGAGUUCACCAUUCUUAACUCCUACACAAUCCCUGCCUUUGUCAUAGACUUUGAUGAUAUCAAAGCAAAGAUAGUUAAGAUCAUAGAUGACAUCAGAGAAUUUGAGAUCAAAAUGCCUGACCCAGAGGAAAUCUUUGGUGACCUUAAAGUUCUCUACCUAUCCGAACUACCAGAUCUCACAUUCCCAGAAAUAACUCUUUCAGAAAUAAAAUUCCCAGCCAUUAACAUCCCCAAAUUAAAUCUGAAGGACUUUGAAAUCACAAUCCUUUCAAUCCCAGAGAUCACAGUGCCGGAGGUUCCCAGUGACAUUUGUAUCCCAAUUUUUGGAAAACUCCAUGGAGAAUUUAGAGUGUACUCCCCACAGUACACUCUUGUCACCACAGGGAAGAUUGAGAACUCAACAUCCACACCAAAAAACCCACAAUUUACAGCCACCAUUAUUUCUAAAGUCACGUCACCCAUUGAACCCCUUGAAUACACCUUUGAAGCCACUGCUCAGCUGGCAGCUCCCAGAAUGAAGAAGUUGCUGUUUACAGAAACAGUGAAAGCCACACAUAUGGCCUUGUCCAUUGAUCAUGAAGGAUCCUUAUUGCUCACAGGCUCUUCUGCUGAGGCUUCUGCCAAGACUACCACCAAGGCCACGACCCAAAUGUACACAGCAGACUUGGUCAAUAAUAUGGCACUUACAUUGAAGAGUGGAAUCUCUGCGGCCAUAGACACAACCUACAAUCACAACUUGGACAUCCCCUCAUUUGACACUUCAAGUCAGGCAUCAAUAAAACAGAAUAUAGCAGCCAAAAUGGAAUCUGGCAGAAUUACUGUGGCCAGUGAAACUACUGGUAAUGGAAAGUGGUCCAUUAAAGAUUACUCUGAUGAAGGCACACACAGAAGCAAUACAGAAUUCACCAUUGAUUUUAACACUGUCAAGUUAACUUUUGUUGGAGAAACAGACUGUAAGGCUUUGAAAUCGAAGCAAGAACUGACUGCUGAAUCAGUGACCUUAAGCCAUAUAACUGUUAAAGCAAGAUGUGAAACUGAAGCGCCAUCUGUCAAGAAAAGUCUCAUGGUUUUAAAUGGAGAGACACAUAUUGGAGACUUGAAAGUUGCACUAACAGCCUCACAUGAUGCUGAAUUCACCGGAAGUCUGACUGGAUCAGUGUCCAACUCAUUGGAAUUCAUGGUGCAUCCAUUUGAAAUUUUGCUCGAUGUUAAGAACAAAGUAAAUUCAAAGGUUUUCCUCCCCCUGAAACUCACUGGUAAGGUGGAUCUCAUGCAUGAUUAUGGAGUCAUGCUAAACUCUGAGAAGCAGCGUGCUUGUUGGUUUGCUUUGGCAAGAUUCAAUCAGUAUAAGUACAUUCACAACUUCACAGCAGAAAACAAUGAAGUAGAUAUGUUCUUUCACUCAUCAGCUAAUGGAGAGGCUAAUCUGGACUUUUUGACCAUUCCUCUCUCUAUCCCAGAGAUAACCGUGCCUUAUCUUGAAAUUAAAAUCCCUGAGGUCAGGCACCUCUCUCUGUGGGAACAAGCUGGAUUCAAAACCUUGCUUACCACCCCUCAACAGUCAUUUGAUAUGAACAUGAAGCUUCAUUACUACAAGAAUCCUGAAAUGCACAGUUAUGAAUUAUACCUUGAACCAAUGUACAGUACAAUCAGUGACAACGUUAACAUCAUCCACGCUCAAUUUGAACAAUAUAGAGACAAAGUAAUUGCACUUCUAAAAGAUUCGUACAAUCAAGCAAAGUCACAGUACAUCAAACACAAAAUUGACACUUCUAACCUGCCUCCUAGAAUCUUCACCGUCCCUGGAUACAAAAUACCCGUACUGGAUAUUGACGUUUCUGCUUUCAGGGCAGAGAUGCCGGCUUUUAGCUAUUUUGUUCCUAAAGAGGUCAGUACGCCAAGCUUCAAAAUUCCAGCUCUGGGUUUCUCUGUGCCAUCCUAUACGCUUGUGCUACCCUCUUUGGAGUUUCCUGUCAUCCAUGUUCCAGAAACCUUAAGUGAAAUAAAGCUGCCCAUUUUCACACUACCAGCCAUUCAGAACGACAUUGCAAUUCCAGCCAUGGGUAACACAACUUUUGACUUCUCCUUCAAAUCCACUGUGAUUACCAUCAGUGCAAAUGCUGGUCUUUUCAACCAGUCUGACAUUGUUGCUCGGUUUGGCGCUUCCUCAACAUCUGUGUUUGUCAUUUUAAAUGGAAAAAUUGAUGGCACCACUAGUUUGACAAGGAAGAGAGGAAUAAAACUGGCUACUACUGUGUCCAUGGAGCACAACAAUGUGGAAGGAAACCAUGAAUGUGCUGUUAGUCUCACCAAAAGGAGCAUGGAAGCUUCUGUUUCUAACACUGCAAAAAUCAAUCUGCCCUUCCUCAAUCUAGAAUUGAGUCAGGAACUCAUCGGAAAUACCAAGACCAAGCCAAAUGUUGCUUCCAAGAAAAAACUAAAAUACAUUUUUAACAUCCCUCUGAUUGAGUCUGUAGGUAAAGGAAACCUUGAUAUAAACUGGGCAUUAGAGGCACUUUCUUCCUAUGUGUCACUGGAGACCUCUACCCAAGGAAAGUCAGACAUAACAAUAAUGGGAGGUAGUAAUUUUUCUGGAGAUCUAGAGAAUGAGGCAAAUUUCUACCUUAAUGCCAAUAACCUGCGUUCAACUGUUAGGACUGUCUUAAACUCAAUUAUAAACAAACAGGAGAAACAAAAACGAAGCUCAAACAAUAACAUCUUCCAGUUUGACCUGAAUAAGAACUUGGCUCUGGAGGUUUCCUUGCGGCGCAUUUUUGCAACAGUUGAUUACGUGAGCAGUAACAAUUUUGAUUCAGCAUCUUUCAACACAAAUGGAAGGCACAUUGUUAAAGGAGAACUAGAUUUUGUUCCUUUAACAACCUUCAAGACCACACUGAACAUUGAUGCAAGUCAGCCAAGUAGUUUGGGUUAUGCAGGACUCAUUCAGAGCAUCAACCUUGGCAUCAACUCAGAGAAGCAGUCAUUCGCCUGGAGUGGUAAGGAACAGCUGGCAUCUCUCAUCCAUGCCUGUGAUUUAUUAAUGUCCAAUGAUGAAUCUCAGGUACGCAUGGAUUUUACUGGAUCAGUGGAAGGCCACCUAGCUUUCUUGAAGGCAGUUGAGCUUCCUGUAUAUCAGAAGACUCUCUGGGAUGUGCUCAAGUUUGAUGAGGUCACAAAUAUGGACAACGUACAAUUUCUUAACAUGUCUUACAGCAUUGCAUACAUAAAAGCUAUGGAUGGCCAGGAGUAUGCAAUACCAUCUAAACUAUUUGAAAAUGGGAUCAUUUUUAGCAUCCCUGAGAUUAGGAUUGCUGUGCCUUCCUGGGUGGAAGAAAUUCCACACUCCAUAAGGAACAUAGACAUGCGAUUUGAAAACUCUGAUGUCCCUGAUUAUAUCACUCUUCCCCCUGUAAUCUCAAUACCGGCCUUUGAUUUGCCAUUUACCAACUUGCACGUGGAACCCUUUACAAUUGAUCCAAGGAACCUUAACAUCCCUAAGGUGAUCACCACUAUGGCCUUUGAAGUCAUGCUGCCUGGUUUGCCAACAAUCUCAGUACCCAGUUAUGAUAUUAAUACAGAGUAUCUACAGGGGAAAAUGUCUUUCCUUUCAUUCAAGAUGCCACAGUAUGAAAUCACAGUCUCAUCUUUCACCCUGCCAAAAUCUUUUACCAUUGGAGAGCAUACCAUCAGUCUAAAUGAAAUUGCAAGCCAGAUUUCAAACUUUGAACUUCCAAACAUUGUCAUUCCAGAACAAAAAAUUGAAAUCCCUGAAAUUGCCCUACAUCUGCCUUCAAGUGUGUUUAUCCCAGUUUUUGGUGCCCUCAAUGCCACUCUUAUAAUUUCCUCCCCUAUUUAUAAUGUGUCAACAACUGCCAGCCUGGAGAAAAAGGACUCUAGCCUUGUAACUUCACUGAACUCCUGGUGCACUUCUACCAUGACCUUCUUGUAUUAUUCCCUCUCUGGCACUGCAACCUUUGGAUAUGAUAAUGGAGUUAUCAAUCUAUAUGGGAAGUGCAACUUGAAUCACAAUGAUGUAAAUGUGGACUGGCAACAUGUUUUGACACAAAACCUGAGGAUGAAACGCCAAACCCCUCUGCCUGAUUCUAUGGAGUCUCGUCAUACUCUCAAUGUUGACAUCACAAGCCGAACAUUCGCUGAUGUGAGCUUCCGCUUUGCUUCCCGCAAAGAUGGCAUCACUGCAUCGAUGUCCUCUCCAUCAGCUGGUUUCCUUGGACUGCAUUUUCAGCGAAAGUCUCCAUCACAGCUGUAUGGAAAACUGUUCAGUCGCUACCUGUCUACUCCCGGAAAGGACACUGAUGUUUUAACUGCCAAAGCCACAUUGAGAAACUCUCAGAAGUUAAUCUUACAGAUGGCUUGGAAUUGGGACUUUCUCCAUGAUGUGAUUGAAGGGACCAAGGACAGAGUUCCUUCCAUGACCAGUGCUGUGCUUCAAUUCAUUAACAAGUAUCACACUGCCCACUUUGGCUUUGACCUCAAGCGUGGUGGCACGAAGCUGAAAAACACAAUGUCUAAUGUCAUAGAGAGAGCCUAUCAUGAGGUUCCUAUGUCCUUUAAUACACUACAGAGUUCAGUCCAACACUUUGGGGAUCAAGGAAAAGACAUGUACAGGAAGGCUUCUGACAGCGUGAUGUCCAUGAGUGCACAGGAUGUUGUAGACAGUUUGGCUCACGAGGCUAGACAAGUCUUGACACGUAGUGAAGACCAGGUUUAUGUCUUGCUAGAUGCAGUAGUGCAGUUCUUGAACGACACAAAAUUUACAGUGCCUGGAGCAGAUAAGAAGUUCUCAAGCCUGGAGAUGUUCCAGCGAGCUCGUCGGUCUGGAUCAAGGGCAGCUGAGAGAGUGAUCCAAAGGUUUGCCAGCCUCAUGGAGGAGAUUUCUAGAUUACUCAGGGGAAUCAAGUUCACCAUACCUGGAACUGAUGUUGCUGUUAAUGGAAAUAAGAUCAUUGAUGAACUGAAAUUUUCUACAACAUCUUUAAUUGAUCAGCUAAGACAGUCACUGAGCAGGGGGUUCAGUGUGCUUCACAAAACAGUUAAUAACCUCUUCCAGGCGAUAGCUGAAAAAAGCCAGAAUUUUAUCACCUACCUAAAAAAUCGAAACGUUGAAAUUUCUUCUCAAGUUGAUGUCACCUAUGCAGAAGUUCUGCAGUCUUCAAAACAGCACAUUGAUGAGGCUAAGAGACAUAUGGUUAAGUAUAAGGACCUUACCAAACUGAAGAUUCAAGAGGCUCAUAAUGCUUUAAGUAUGGAGAGUGUAAAUAACAAUACUAAGGAGUUUAUCAGUAUUUUGCAGUCACAUCUCUAUGGAGGACUUAAUGAAAGUGUAGACCUAAUGAGAAGGGCAUCCCAGAGCACAGCACCGUACAUUAGAGUGAGCAAUAAAAAGACUGACAUUGAAAUCCCUUUACCCUUCUUUUGGAAGUCUUUCAGCGAAUGGCCAACGCAAUCCAGACAGUGAAUCAUCCAUCACUUGAUAUCAUGGUUUUAUAAUGGCUGAACAGGUUUGGAUGUCUGUGUGCAAAAAGUGGCUUUUUGUUUGAUGCCAAUAAACAUUUGUUUUACUAACAUGAAACCUAUACUAGUUUUUCCAGAUGUAAUAUUUCUUUAAAUUUGACAAGUUACACAAUGAUGACCUGCCAGUGUUUAACAUGUACUGAAAGAUGCUGUUGGAUGAUGGUGUUCAAUUAAACAAUAAUGAA